AUAAGUAGUAUAUUCACGAUAGCGGGUAUACGGAAGUCCAGCAAGUAGACUAGACCCAUAGUAACCACUACUAAGCACGAUCAUAACUGAUCAAAUUGCAUCGUGCAUGUAGCAGGGGACAUAGUGGUUGCAUAGUAUUCUGUUAUAAAGUUUUACAAAACAAAUAUGUUAGAGGCAAUAAAAUAUAAUAACAGAAAACUAGAAGUUUUAGAUCAGUUAAAAUUACCCCAUUCGUGUACUUAUCAAGGUGUAACAAAUGUCACGCAGACCUGGGAAGUUAUUCGGUCAAUGAAGGUACGUGGUGCACCUGCCAUUGCCAAUGUUGCUGUUCUAGGAGUAGCAGUGGAACUGAAUGAGAAGGAUUUUAACUCCAAAGAACAACUUUAUGAAGUGGUUAAAGAGCAGUUAGAGUACUUACAGACUUCACGACCCACAGCAAUUAAUCUUAGGAAUGCAGCAAAUCGAAUUAUUUCCUUGCUAUCUGUACAACUUCAAGAUAACAAAUUGUCUGUAAAUGAUAUGAAAGAAAGUGAUUUCUCUUUCAGGAUCAUUAAAGAAGCAGAGGACAUAUUCAGAGAAUGUAAGAUGAAAAAUCUUGCCAUUGGGGAACAUGGAGCAUCACACAUUAUAAACCAUUUAUCCACUGGCAGUCAAGCCACUAUUCUUACACAUUGUAACACUGGUAGCUUGGCAACUGCUGGAUAUGGAACAGCUUUGGGGGUAAUACGAUCUCUCCACCUUCGAGGAAUGCUUGCCCAUGUAUAUUGCACAGAAACUAGGCCGUACAACCAGGGAGCCCGACUUACAGCAUUUGAACUUAUGCACGACAAAAUUCCUUCUACUUUGAUAUGUGACAGCAUGGUGGCUGCACUGAUGAAAAGUAAAGAAGUGUCUGCAGUGGUUGUUGGGGCAGAUAGAGUUGUAGCCAAUGGAGACACAGCUAAUAAGAUAGGAACAUACCAAAUUGCUGUUUGUGCUAAAUAUCACAAAAUACCAUUCUACGUAGCCUUACCAGUCAGUACUGUUGAUUUAAGUUUAAGAGAUGGUGGUGCUAUUCCUAUAGAAGAACGGCCAUCUGUGGAGAUGACAUAUAUUCAGGGAGUCCCAUUGGCUCCUACAGACAUGAAUUGUUGGAAUCCAGCAUUUGAUGUGACACCAGCUGAAUUAAUAACAGGUGGAAUCAUAACAGAGAGAGGAGUGUUCAAGGUUCAAGAACUAGAGAAGAAAAUAAGCACAGAUAAAGAAGACGGUAUCUGGUACUGAAAAAAAUGUAUACUUCUAAAUCUUUGUUUUUAUAAAGUGUUGUUGACAUUUUGAAUACAUUUCCAUUACACUUAUGAUGUUUGGUACUUGGAUUCAAGCUCAUGAAUAUAAAAUGUUACUCUGUGAAGUUUAUUUGUAUCAUUUAGAAAAUUAAAGGUAAUAUAACAGGUA